UCACCUUCCACACUCCAACAAGCUUGCUCAGCUAGUCGACGGCGACCGGCCGGCUCGAUGUCGUCGUCGUCGUCCAUGGACUGCGCGAGCUCCAAGGACAAGGAGGCGGCGGCGGAUCCACCCAGGGCGCCGUGGUGGACGGGGGAGACGGUGGCGGUGGUGACGGGCGCGAACCGGGGCAUCGGGCUGGCGCUCGCGUCGCGCCUCGCGGAGCGGGGCCUGUCCGUGGUGCUCACGGCGCGGGACGAGGCGCGCGGGGAGGCCGCCGCCGCGGCGAUCCGGGACGCCCGGCCGCCGGGGCUCGGCGCCGUGCGGUUCCGCAGGCUCGACGUCGCCGACCAGGCCUCCGUCGCCGCGUUCGCGUCGUGGGUGCGCGACGAGCUCGGCGGCCUCGACAUCCUGGUGAACAACGCGGGGGUGUCGUUCAACGAGAUCAGCACCAACUCGGUGGAGCACGCGGAGACGGUGCUCCGGACCAACUUCCACGGGGCCAAGAUGCUCACCGAGGCGCUCCUGCCGCUGUUCCGCCGGGCGCCCACCACCAGCCGCAUCCUCAACAUCAGCUCCCAGCUCGGCCUCCUCAACAAGCUCAAGGACCCGGCGCUGCGGCGGAUGCUCCUGGACGAGGCGGCGCUGACGGAGCGCGACAUCGAGGGGAUGGUGUUGCGGUUCCUGGCGGAGGUCGGGGACGGCACCUGGCGCGGGCGCGGGUGGCCCGAGGUGUGGACGGACUACGCGGUGUCCAAGCUGGCGCUCAACGCCUACUCCCGCCUGCUGGCGGCGCGCCUGGCCGGGGAGCGGGUGAGCGUCAACUGCUUCUGCCCCGGGUUCACGCGCACGGACAUGACCCGGGGCUUCGGCAAGCGCACUGCCGAAGAGGCCGGCCGCGUCGCCGCGGGGCUCGCGCUGCUGCCGCCCCGCGACCUGCCCACCGGCAAGUUCUUCAAGUGGCGCACGCCGCAGCUCUACUCCAAGCUGUGACGCGACGGCGGCACGCGUACCGGCCGUGCGUGCGUCUCACGGGGCCGGGCCGCUGCGGGGGCCUUGGGGCGUGGGGUGUGGGUCGCAUGGCUGGUUGCACCGGCGAGCAAGGUCGUGGUGGACUAGUGGCGAUUGUGGUGGCUUGGUUUAGUGAGUUGUUCGGGUGCGUUGCAGCAUGCAUCGUGUUUGCUUUCUAGGCGUUGGUAACCAUGUACUGUACUUCUGAUCUUGGAAUGGUGGUGGCAGUCUGGCAGAGAUAUAUGCCUUUUUCUUUUUUCCCCCUUUUGGAUGGAAAUGUGCGUAUUUCACUGCA